UGUCCCGUCUGUCAGGUUGUGAAUUAGCGGCAGAAUUAAUUAAUGAUGUUCGCUAUCGUGAAAAGACAGGGUCAGGUGGAUCAUUCUUAGUGUUUAUCAAACAACGAAAACUCAAGAUGACUUACUGGCGGACCAGUCAAUUUUGAAAGGUUCCGAAGUUUCUCGAUUAAACGACCUGCACAGUUUUCACAGAGGUCGAAAUGAACGCCACGAAUGACUCUGCAACGAAUAUCACUGGUAAAUUACACACCAAAUGCGCAAUUGAAAGCGCAAGCAACACCACUAAAACUCUGGUGAUCAUGGGGUUUGCCUUAGUGCUCUUCUCUUCUCUUUUUGGCAAUUCUCUCUUGAUUCGAGUUGUAUACGGUGACAAAGAAUCGAGGCGGAAAUUUCCUUUCAACUUUUUAAUAAUCAACAUGGCGAUUGCAGAUAUCAUGAAUGCUUCAUCGGCUUCUCUAGUGUUUAUGUCGUUUUUGACGGUUGGACGACUCUGGAUUUCGGGCAUCGUUGGACAGCUAACUUGCAAGAUAACAUACUUUGCUGUGGGGUUCUCCGUAGCAGCCUCCAUUUUGACCGUUGUCGUGAUGGGAUUAGACCGCUUCAUGGCAGCACACGCGACUAUAAGGCCACUGUCGAAGAAAGGUAUUCAAUACGCCAUGGCGCUGAUCUGGGUUCUAGCGGGACUAUUUUGUAUCCCGUAUUUGUACAUUUUUAGAAUUGAACAGGGCACAGAUGGGAAAUGUCAUUGCAUUAGGAAAUGGAGUAAAAACCCACAGAAGCACCUUAUGAUCUUGGGGAUCGAAGAGAUGGCAAAGUUUGUCGUCUUUUACCUCCUUCCCUUAGUUCUUAUGGUAUUUUAUUAUACUAUUAUUACAUACAGAAUUUAUCGACGAAGUGAACUGCCUGUGGGGAAAAAUACUCGUUCAAAAAUUGUUCAGCAGAACCAACGUGUUGUACGCAUGAUCAUUGCAAUAGUUGCAAUUUUUGCAAUCUGCUGGUUACCUGUCCAUGUCAACCAUUUGCUAAGAUCGUUCGACCCAGACAGUUAUUGUCGUCUCCCUGCCUUCCUUCCGUUGUCUUUCUUUUGGUUGGCUCAUGUCAACUGCGCCAUAAAUCCGUGGGUAUGGUUUAUGUAUAGUCGGCAUUUUCGAGAAUUACUAAGAAAGGCAACUAUUCAAUGUGUUGCAAAUUUCUGGAAUGAUAGAAGUGAACAAAUACCGCUGACAAAACGAACGACGAUAAAGCAGUUAGAAAAUCUGGGGGCCGCCGAAAAUGGUGGUACAUGGUAAAACUUGUGCUGUGCAUAUAUAUCUGAUCGUAAUAGCACGUUUUUCUGUUGCUUCGUUUUUUCUUUUGCUUCAGCGAACAGCUAGAGCUGAUUGUAGGUCGCUGAAAAGCCCAAAUGAAUCGACAAUUCGUUUU